UAAACACGUCCGGGGAGCUAGUGUUACUGGCGGUAAAGUAAGCUAAGCCUUCUCCUUGUUAACAACAGUAUGUUUCACUUAUUGUAAGCUUGUGAGAUGUGAUGGCGAUGGCAGUAAUUUCUCCUCAUGCGUCGGACUUUCUGGUAGUCUGAGAGCGGAGCAUCAUGUCGAGGACGGGAAAGAUACGUAUAAAAAUGGAGAGCUGUGCCGGUCCGAUGAGCUGAAAAAUGGGAGCAAGCGCUUCAGUGUCGCUCUGUAGCGACCCGUCUUCAGUGAGAAUCCUGAGGACCACUGCUAAGGUCAGCCCAGAACCCACUGCUCCCACUCUGGUUUCAGAGCCUGAACUGGCCACCAGGUGUGUGUUUGGUGUUUCUCUGGAAACACUGAGGGAGGACAGGCAGAUGGUCUGUGGAAUACCUCUUGUGCUAAGAGACAUGGUGGAGUUCCUGGAUAAGAAUGGAAUGCACCACAGAGGUCUGUUCCGUCUGUGUGGCUCGGUGGUGCGGACCAGGCAGCUGAGGCAGCGGUGGGACCGGGGAGAGAGGGUGGACCUAGAGCUGCAGGAGGACGUCCCCACUGUGGCCUCGCUCCUCAAACUCUUCCUUCGGGAGCUGCCCAUCCCUAUAGUUCCCGAACCCCAGCGCAAACAGCUGGUUCUGUGCCUCACAGGAUAUGCUAAUGAGGCCGAGAUGAACCAUUCUCUCAGACAAAAUUUUUGCCACCUCCCUGCUGACAACCUCCUUAUUUUGUCUUACCUCAUCCACUUCCUGUCCAGAGUGGCUGCUCACAGCCAAUCAAAUCACAUGCCUGUGGAAAAUCUGGCAACCAUCUUUGGGCCUUGCAUAUUCCAUGUUCCAUCAGGACCCAGGAUGCUGGAGGAGCAGAGUGUGAGUAACGCCCUGUUGCUCCAUCUUCUCCGGCAUCAGAACGUUCUCCUUCCAGUCCCAGCCGAGGGCACAGUAGCAUCCUCGACCGCCUCCUCCUCCCCGACUCCCCCUACUCUGUCUGCUCUUUCGCACUUUGAGGUCCGACCCAAUAGCUGUCGCUCAGAGCUGAAUAGUGUGGAGAGGUUGGAAGGAGAGACAGCUUCUGUCCCAGCGAUGAGUGCUUUUGACCAAACAAUAGGAAUACGAUCUCAGCUCAACAGUGCUGACACACUGCCGCAGGGCUGUGAAACCAGCUCUGACGUCAGCGCUGACAUUCAAAAGCUGAUUCCAGACAUGGAGGUUCUGAAGGAGCACAGUGAAAGUACAGAGGCCGGCUCUCUGCUCUCCUGGCCCACUGACCCGGGGCCAGAGCGCCCGCCACAGGGCAGACCGUACCGAAGCAUCCAGAGAGAGCCACCAGAGUUGGAGUGUACCACAGAAGGGACCUUUUCUCAGGACAAUAUGCCACUAUUCACCUCCAUAUCAAAGGAGAAAGAGGAGGAAGAAGUUGAUGAGCUCGAGAAUACAAAGACACCUUCUUCACCCAUCAUAGACUACUGUUCAAAGGCUUCCACGGAUGCAGGGCAGAUAUCAUCUAUUUCAGACUGCUGCAUAGCGAAUGAAUCACAGAACAAAACCCAAAGACAGAUGCAGCACACAGAGAGCAAGCUGUGCUGCAUGGAGUACAAGACAGAAGACAAAAGCAGAGUGUCCAAGUGGAAGGGGAGCGGAGGAAGAGGAUGUAGUGGUUCUCCUGACAGACACAAUGAUUGCAGAGGCAGGAACAACAGUACGUAUGACAGCCCCUCCCUCAAGCUACAAGCCCUGGAGGCUGACUUGGGACCCCUGCCAACACCGGGAGACCCCCAAGCUCAGGAUAACCUGCCUGCCCAGCAACAGCCUCUUUCAACUGAAGAGCAGAACCUGUAUCUGACCCACAAGCUGCCCCUCCACUCACCACAGUCACCUCCUGCUCAGAAUCAACACAUGGAUGACUCAACACAGCCAGAACAUACCCCAUCCCCUCAUUCAUCAGAGUCCAGUCCUGUCCUAUCCACUGCAGUUCUUUCUGGGGGGAUUUCAGGAAAUGACACUCUGCCAAGCCCACCGGGCCCUAACACCAGCCCACUCCUCUCCUGUUUUAUGACGAGCGACUGCCCCGUUCCCUCGCCGCGCUGCCCCAACAUCAGUCACAGCCUACGCUACAACCUAGACCCUGAUGCAGCCCCUUCUCCACCAUGCUCCCAGCACAUAAGCAUGGCUCGCAGUAGUGUCCAUACAGAGCUAGAUGAUGGCUCUGUGUCCAUCUCAAUGCUCAACAGACACAUUCACACCCUGAGGAAGAGGAUCAGGCGUUUUGAGGAGCGUUUUGAACAGGAGAAGCACUAUAAGCCAGCCCACAAUGACAAGACAGCCCAUCCAGAGGUGGCCAGACUGAUGAAGGAGCUCAUCAAGAGUCGCAAGCAGCUUAAAGAGCUAAAGCUGAGACAAUCAGAAGAAGGGGGGCUGAGAGGGCAGGGAGACUUCAGCUCAUCAGCCGAAACAUGCCGGACUAACAUAGACCAGAGGGAGGCAGCACUAACAGGGACUGAGCUGCAGCAACUUAACAACAACAGCAACAACAAGCCAAAUGUGGAGGAAACGGUCAACAUUAUAACCAACAGACUGAAGGAAAGACAACGAGAGCUUGGCCUGCCUGACAGUAUUAAGGAGAUGUCCCAUUUCCAGAUGACUAUGGAGAAGACCAGCCUGCAGAAGUGUUUGCUCUACUUUGAGAGUCUGCAUGGACGACCAAGUACCAGGCAGGAGCGGACGCUGAUGAAAUCUUUCUACGAUCGUUACCGCCUUCUCAAGCAGCUGCUGCUUUCUUCAGCUGCUGCAGCAGUCAUCACGACUAUCGAGGAAGAGGAGGGCUCCGAUGAAGAGCAUCCCAAACAGCAACGUCCCAGGCCGGAGCCACUCUGGCUGAAAUCUCCCAGGCAACUGUCUUCAGAUGAGUUGCCGCAUCUGCCCUUGCUAGAAAUGUCUGAAACACCUCUGGUGUCCCCGCUGGAGGAAGUGAAGGGUCUCCAGCCACAGAUCAUCACCAUGGCAACACUACAUGAAGCUUCCAGACCAGAAUUACUGGAACACCUCAGGAAAGCACGAUUAGAGAGGCGGAGGCUUCAUCAAGUGCUCCGGGAGUUUGAGCACCAUUUCUACUUGCAGACCGGCAGGGCUUGCCAGAAGGAGGACCGUGGACCGAUGGCGGAGGAGUACUGCCAGUAUAAGAACCUCAAAGCGAAGCUCCGUCUACUGGAGGUCCUGCUCAGUAAACAACAGGACUCAACCAAGACCAGCUGAGUUAACUCACAGUGGGACCUUUAUCGAACUUA